AUCCCCAAACACUUCUACUUUUAGCUCUAAGCCAAGAAAGCAGGCCACUAACAUCAAAAUGGCUUCAAAACAAUCAGCUUCCAUGGCCCUCCUUUUGGCACUCAACAUUCUCUUCUUUUCCUUGGUCAGUGCUACUGCCCCAUGCCCUCCCACCAAACCUAACCAUAAACCAAAGGCAAACCCCAACCCCAGCACCCCAUCUUCACAAGGCAAGUGCCCUAGAGAUGCCCUUAAAUUAGGUGUAUGUGCUAAUGUGCUUGGCUUAGUCAAGCCCGUCAUUGGUUCACCCCCAGUGAUGCCAUGCUGUUCCCUUCUUGAUGGCCUCGUCGAUCUCGAAGCUGCUGUUUGCCUUUGCACAGCUAUCAAAGCUAACAUCUUAGGCAUCAACCUUGACAUUCCAGUUUCUCUUAGCUUGCUCCUCAAUGUUUGCUCAAAGAAAGUUCCUUAUGGCUUCCAAUGCUAAUUUAAGUCAAUCAUUUUCCCCUACAUUCUUUCUCAACUUCUUUAUGGUUUGUGUCUGGUUUUUUUCAAGUUAUGAUGCCAUAACUUCAUUGUUUUAAUGUGCAAUAAAUUAGUGUUUUCAUUUCUAAUUUUGUUGUUUUAAUUUCUUCGUGGGGGAUAGAUAUAGAAUAAGUUUAAUACUUAUCUUCAAGUGUUGUUUGAAGUUUUUUUAUAUCUCCAAAGAACAUGGAAAGACUUGUAUUAUUUAGCUCGUUAAUUUAUUCCCUUGUUUAUUUAUCAGUUUAUUAAUAUGAGCCCCAUUUCAUAUUUGUACCCUAAGUAAA